GCACAUCAUGGCGAGUUGCUCGCCUUUUUUGCAGGACCGAUUUUAGGACCAAUUUUUAUUACAAUAACCAUGAGUAUCAUCUCAAAACCUAUGAAUUUAGGACCUCUUGGCGCUCUUCUUCAUUUUGGCGAAGUUCCUGACUUUCUACGUCAAUUAUUAACACAAAAAAACCUGGUUCAUGCGUUCGCCGGUGCACUGGGUGGUAUAACCUCAUUGUCUGUUUUCUUUCCCUUGGAUACUGCUAGAACACGACUUCAAAUUGAUGAUAAGAGAAAGGCCAAGACGACAUGGAAAGUCGUAUAUGAAAUUUUUGAAGAGGAGGGUUUGUCAGCAUUAUAUCGAGGUUUGCUACCAGUCCUGUCAAGUUUAUACUGUUCAAAUUUUGUCUACUUUUACACAUUUAAUGGACUUAAAGCUGCAUACAUCACUAAGAAUUCACCUGAAACAGCCAUUGUGGAUUUAUUGUUUGGAUUUCUCGCAGGCAUCAUAAAUGUUCUGAUAACAACACCAUUAUGGGUGGCCAAUACAAGAAUAAAACUUCAAGGUGUCAACUUAAAAUCAGAAGAAAUGAAUAAGAAAGUUCAAUAUAAGUACACUGGAUUACUAGAUGCAGUUCAACAGAUAUUUCGUGAAGAAGGAUUCAGAGGUUUAUGGAGUGGAACAAGAGCAUCGUUAGUGUUAGCUACAAAUCCAGCCAUUCAAUUUACGGUUUAUGAAACUGUUAAAAGAUAUAUGCGUGGUACUAACAGAGAGCUUCCAUCGUGGAAGUAUUUUUUAAUUGGUGCAAUCGCAAAAACUGUAUCAACUAUACUAACAUAUCCUUGUCAGAUUGCUCAAUGCAAACAGCGGACUGGCUAUUGGAAAGAUGAGUCAAAAAGACCAAAUUUUAUCGUCAUUAUUGCACAGAUUCUAAGGCAAGGUGGUGUGAGAAGCCUUUAUAAAGGACUGGAGGCGAAGCUCACACAAACUGUGCUGACUGCUGCUUUCAUGUUUUUAACAUACGAAAAAAUACUAGCAUUUGCCUUUUCUUUACUUGGUGUGGAGAGACAGAUAUAGGGGAAAUUUAUCAAAGCGCAUAUUCAAGUCAGAAGUGGAAUUAGUGAUAAAAAAUAUUACAUUUUUAUAGAUUUUGUUGUAUUCUUCACUUGUACUUAAUUCAGGCUGACUUUCAUGUUCAGUAAAAACAAAUUUGUUCUUGGGCAAUGAAAAGCACCCAAC